AGCGGAAAACUAUAACAUUGGCUGGCAGUGAUAAAAGCAAGCAAAGAGUAUGGCACUUGAGAAGUUUGAUGCGCCGUAUUAGUUAUACACUUUUGGUGAUUUGGUACUGUCCAGUUGUAGUAAACACCCUUCGUACAUUUGCCUGUUCCAAUACUGUGCCAGUGCUCAUGGUGUUUGACCACACAAGGGAUGUCUACUUGUAUGAUCACCGACAGAGUUGUGGCACAUUCAUAUUUCAGACGUUCAAUUUUGUUGGGACAAUAUUUCUCAUUGGCUUUGGAGUAGUGUUUCCUAUUGGUCUCAUAUUUUUUACCCUCAGAUUACGCAAGUGGAACCUAUUGAAAAAGAAACUUCCUCUUCAUGGUGGAAUUUAUGAGGCAUAUCGCAGAAAUAUGUGCUUUUGGGAAGCUCUACCAAUGUUGCGCAAGUUUGUAUAUGCAUUGAUGACUGAUGUCUAUCCUUUUCACCCUCUUGUUCAAGUAUGCUGCCAUCUAUCCACCAGUGUCAUAUAUCUAAUAGCUGUCAUCUUGGGGCGUCCAUACAGGAGGGUUAGUUGGCAGUCUGAGGCUAGCAUCCUGAAUGUGCACAUGCUGUUUGAGGUGGUGUCCAACCUCAGUAUUAUCUUACUACAAAUUGAGGGAUUGUUGAUGAUACUAGAGAUAGAACAUGUAGCCAUUGAGCUGACAGUACUGGUGUCUGUAGCUGUUGUACUUUUUAUAUGGCUGAUGAUGAUGGCCAGCGUGGGUUGUGAACAUGAAACUGAACAACAGAGCUGGAGAUAGCUGAAGUUCCUGAACCUGUAGGCAAACCACAAGAGGAAAAAUUAGAGUUCUGGCAGCGCAAUUCUGAUGGAGAGGGUGUUUCUAUUGUUGAAAUAAAGGAAAGAAAGGACAAUGUUAAUUUUUGAGACAUUGAUAAGGACUGCUUAUUAAUCAUAGAAAUGCUCAAUAUUUAUUACUGAAAAUAUUGAAAUGGCCCCUGCUAGACUAUUGUAGAUAUGAGAUUUAUUCUGUGGGCAAAAUAGUGAGAUAUU